AUGGGUGGUGAUGGCCAAGAGAUUGAGGUGGGCGAUCUUGUUGACGUUCCUGGGGGCAUGCAUGGAACUGUCAAGUUCAUUGGCAGUGUUCGGGGGAAGAAGGGUGUUUUCGCAGGGGUUGAGUUGAGCAGAGAGUUUGCUGCUCGCGGGAAGAACGAUGGCGAUGUGGAUGGAACCCAGUACUUCACUACAUCCACCCCUGGAUCCGGCAUAUUCUUACCAAUACAUCGCGCAAGGAAACGGAGCUCCAUGUCGUCCGAAGGAUACAGUCCGACUCCCACAACACCUUCUUAUCGGAACAACUUCAGCGUCUCCACCACAGAUAAGCCGAACUACAGCCCGGCGGAUACGCCCUCCAUGCCUAGAUUUGCCCAGUCAGUGGGGCCAGGUGCUCGAGCACCAAGUCCUACAUUCAAACCUACAAGCCGGCCAUCGAUACCACGCCCGGAGUCUCCAUAUCGCAAGCCAAGUCUGGCGCCUACCCCUGGAAGGAAUACAGGAAGGGCCACGCCGUCUGGACUAUCCAAGAGCAUGGUCGGUCCACCGAGGUAUACUAGUCCUGCUCCGAAAGGUCCCAGCUUUCAGAAACCGCGAACGCCGGGCCCGCCACGGCCGUACUCUCGCAAUAAUUCGCGGCUGGGUCACCAUGAUACCAUCGACGAGGAUGGGGAGAUUGCCCCCUUAGCAACUGCAAGAGGAAGUAACGGCUCAUUGUCGCCUAGUAAAAGUCGACGAACGACUUCAAACUCGGCCGAGGAGGAGAUAGAACGGCUCAAGAAAUUACUCGAAGAACGGGACAAGCAGUUGAGCGCACAAGCUGCAUCGUUGGCGGAUAUGGAGGCAGGACUGGCGGAGAUCCAGAACCUCAUGCCAGAUGAAUCUGGACGUUCACGCGGCAGCAUCGAUGAGCCCGCUGACGUUGCUCAGUUGCGGGCUCUCCUUCGCGAGAAGAAUGAGAAGAUUGCAAUGCUCACCGCAGAGUUCGAUAACCACCGUGCAGAUUUUCGUAACACCAUAGAUACGCUCGAGAUGGCUAGCACUGAGACUGAACGCGUCUAUGAGAGGAAGCUGGAAGAGUUACAAAACGAACUUCGAGAGCUCCAUGAACGAAGUGAGGAUGUCGAGAGCGUGGCAAUCCAACUAAAACAACUUGAAGAACUUGUCCAAGAGCUGGAAGAAGGACUUGAGGAUGCUAGAAGAGGGGAAGCAGAGGCACGAGGGGAAGUCGAGUUCCUGCGAGGGGAGGUCGAGCGGGGCCGGUCCGAGCUCCGGAGAGAAAGGGAGAAAGCAGCGGCAGCGUUGGAAGGCGCUGGCGCCAUGGUAAACGGUCCCAUGAGUCCUGGUCUGAGAGAGGUCGAACAGAGAGACGACGAGAUUCGUGGACUGAAAGCCAUUAUUCAUUCGUUAAGUUCUGGCCCCGAGGACCGUGGCCGGUCGCCCAUGCAUCUGGGAGGGCCAGCCGUCGACCUGGAGGAGCUGAAGGCUGUACGAGCUCAAGUCGAACGGCUGGAACGUGACAAGGAAGAGCUACGCGGGCUUGUUGAGCGUAAGGCGUACAGGGAAGAGGAGCUUGAGCGAGAAAUCGAGAAGUUGAGGAAGCAACUUGGGGAGCAGCGAGAGAGCAUCAUCAGCAACGGCAUGUCGGAGCGUACCAUCAUCGCAGACAACCACCCAUCUGAAAGAGAUUCCAAAGGAACCAUUGUCAGUUGGAGAGGAUCACCGCAGGCCAAGCGCUCCGAUGCUCGUUCGGCGCUGGAGCCCAUGAUGGAGUCCGAUGCUCACUCUUCCGCAGACGGCAGUGUGCUGUGGUGUGAGAUUUGCGAGACUGGCGGACAUGAUAUUCUCAACUGCUCGGCCAUGGGUAGCGACGCAGCAAUAAGGUCACAACCGCCUGGGAAACGUAUGGGCAAGGAGGCGGUAAUCGAGGGACUUCGCAACCUCUCCAUCAACUCGGAUCGUUCCCGCCCGCCGACCUUGACGCCCACAAAAUCGCCUGGCAAUGCACCAUCGGCGCCACCUCCGCCUCCAUUCAACCUGAAAGCCAGUCCCAACAGCCAGGGCAACUCCGGGCUUGUACCUCCAAAGGGCGGCGCCGUCGCUGAUCCGGACAAGUGGUGUGCUCUCUGUGAGAGUGAAGGCCAUGAUGUGACGGCCUGUCCGAAUGAAGAUGCAUUUUAG